AUGGCCCUAUCUCCUCUCUUCCUAAUUCUUAUUCUCACAAUAUUAUUUCAUGCUAAAAUAAAGGUUCUAGCUUCUGAUCAUGAUUUUAGUUACAUGAAAUCGGUUUACAAUGCAACUGAUCUUCCACUAGUGGAAGAAUAUGACUACAUUGUGAUCGGAGGAGGCACUGCAGGAUGCCCUUUGGCGGCGACUCUUUCGGAAAAAUACUCAGUUCUUCUCCUUGAAAGAGGCAACACCCCUUUAGCUCACCCCAAUGUGUUAAUUGCAUCAAAGAAUCUUGCUAAUCUCAUCGAAGAAGACGAUGGUGAUACACCAGCGCAAAGGUUCACAUCAAUGGAAGGCGUGCAGAAUUUUAGAGGUAGGGUUUUGGGAGGGACAAGCAUGAUUAACGGCGGUUUCUUUUCAGAAGCUGACAAUGAUUUUCUUACUAAGUCUGGCGUUGAAUGGGAUUUGGAUGAGGUUGAGAAGGCGUAUAAGUGGGUGAGAGAUAGCAUAGUAUCAUAUUCGAAUUUGUCGGUGUGGAAUUUAGCAGUGAAAGAAGCUUUGUUGGAAGCUGGUGUUGGUCCUGAUAAUGGAGUUACUACAAAACAUAAGGUUGGAACUAAACAAUCUGGUUCUACUUUUGAUGAUAAGGGUCGAAGGCAUGGAGCUGUGGAGUUGCUUAAUAAAGGAGACCUCAAAAACAUGAAAAUUGCAAUUCAUGCUUAUGUGAAGAAAAUCAUCUUCUCCACUAAAUCCUCAAAUCCAACUGCUAUUGGAGUUAUGUACACCGAUUCAAAAGGAAAAUCACACAAGGCAUUAAUAUGUAACAAAGGAGAAGUAAUAGUAAGUGCAGGUGCACUUGGAAGUCCUCAACUUUUAUUACUAAGUGGAAUUGGUCCAAAAUCAUACCUCUCAUCACAACAUAUUCCCAUAGUUCAUUCCCAAUCAAAUGUUGGAAAAUUCAUGGCUGAUAACCCACGUAAUGGUAUUGAUCUCAUAAUCCCAUUUCCAUUCCAAGGCUCAUCAGCUCAAAUUGUAGGAAUUACUAAAGAUUAUUACAUACAGACUUUUGCUUAUAACUUACCAUUUUCACCAACAAAAUUACCUUUUGGUCUUUACCCUAACCCAUUAACUCCACCUCAACUAAGUCUAGGAACAAUUGUUGAAAAAGUUGUAGGACCUUUGUCCACUGGCUCACUCUGGUUAGCUUCAAAAACUGAUGUUAAAGCCACACCGCAUGUUCGAUUCAACUAUUUUUCUCAUCCAACUGACCUCUCGCGGUGUGUUAGCGCGAUGAGGAAGUUUAGUGAAUUGUUGAAGACUAAGUCAUUGGAUGAGUUUAAAUAUACUGAUUUGAAUGGUGUUAGAGAUUUCAUGUUCUUGGGGCCUCCUUUGCCAACUAACCCUAAUUCAAAUAAUUCAUCGAUGGAAGAUUAUUGUCGAAGCUCAGUUACAACCUUUUGGCAUUAUCAUGGCGGAUGCUUGGUAGGGAAGGUUGUGGAUGGAGAAUUUAAAGUUAUUGGAACUGAUUCACUUCGAGUUGUUGAUGCUUCAACGUUUGUUAUGUCCCCUGGGACAAACCCUCAGGCUACCCUAAUGAUGAUUGGUCGGUAAGUCAAAGCAAAUAUUUCUAUUUUUUUUACAAUACAUAUUAUAAUUAUUAUAGUAUUAGUCUUAUAUCUAUUUUUUUAAAAAAAAGUUCUAAACAAUUUAUAUUUUAAAAAAUAUUAUUUAAAACAUUUAUUUGCACAUGUUUUUUUUUUUUUUUUGACUAUCACGAAUUGAACUUGAUUUUAAAUACUAUAAUAAAUUAUUAAAAAUUUAGCAAAAAAGUGUGUGAUAUUUGUUAUAGCUAUAAUAUAGGUCAUAUAAAAAAAAUGAAAUAUAAUUUUUCUUGGGGCCGAAAAUAAAAGAUCCCUAAGGUACAGGCAAAGAUGAUGCCCUUACUUUACAAGUUCAAUUCCUAUAUAUAGUAUAAUUUAAUUUUUUUUAAAUAUAUAUAAUUUUGUGAAUUAUUUUACUUUACACUAAUUAUAAAAUAAAAUAAAUAAACUUCAAUUAUUAAUAAAAAUAUAAAUAAAUUGAAUUGAACUAAAUUAAGAUAGCAUAAACAUUCCUACUGUUUACACCAAAAGUAAUCCCGAUGAUGUGGACAUCAAUAUUUGACAUGUGCCAAUAAAAAAAUAUUUUAGAAUUGAGUUGUCUCGGGUUAUAACAAGUUGACCUAGGGAGCGUCCAUAGUCCUACGUCCAGGUUGAUUUCGGGAACUCCAAAAUGUGUGUUUGGAUCCUACUAAGUUAUUUUUACCUCACUAUAUUUUAGUAUUCUAUACCAUGAAGACAUGAAGAAUCCAAGUCCAAGGCGCAAGAGCUAAAAAAACACGAAAUAACACCUUGGAAAUCAUCUCGGUGGCCUAGGGUUUCACCCAAUGCCCAGGUUGACAACCAACUAGAAUUUUAGUUUUUGAGAUUUUCUUAGUGCAAAUAAGUAAAAGCUUUGCACUGGGACAUGACUUGGACAUGUCACAAAUAUAUAUGAGACAUUAGAAUGAGAUUCAGAGCACUUUUAUUUUCGAGCACCAGGUGCCCUAGGCACCCAACGCCCAAGUUGACAUAUUAUCAACCUGGACCACUUCCAAGCAUCAAGCUGAACAACUAUCCCA